UAUACAAUUACAAAUCCAACCAGCCAUUUUCAAAACACACAAUAUUCUUAUACUUUAAUUUCCACUCACCUGCCCCUGCCCGAGAAUACAAUACCCAAAUAAUAUUUCAAUUAUUUCUCGUUUAUGGCGCCGAGGGAGAAGGCUAAGGCUAAGGCGGCGAUCAUGCCCGACGCUUGCGCCAGCAAGGAUCCGCAUUUUAGAGGCGUCAGGAAGAGGCCGUGGGGAAGAUACGCCGCCGAGAUCAGAGAUCCGGCCAAGAAGACCCGUGUCUGGCUAGGUACAUUCGACACCGCCGAGGACGCCGCGCGAGCUUACGACGCCGCCGCCCGCCAAUUCCGCGGCGCCAAGGCCAAGACCAAUUUCCCCUUUCCCUUUCUCUUCCCAUCGUCCAAACUCAAUCACAGCCCCACUCGGAGUAGCACCGUCGAAUCCUCCAGCCGGGACCCUGACAAUCACGACGGCGACGGCGACGCUGCCGGAUCCCGGCGGCCGUUCCCAUUCCAGCAGGUGGCUGGAGGAGGAGUUUUCCCCAAUCACGUUCUAUUCUACGAUCCCAUUUUCCGCCAAAAGCCGGUUUCGAUGACCGGAGCUCAAAGUGACUCGGAUUCGUCUUCCGUCAUUGAUCUCAACCAAAAUGACCACAAAUCGAGACCGCUGCUUCUGGAUCUCGAUCUCAAUUUCCCCCCGCCGGAGACCGCUUAGUUUAUCCGACGUCGAUCGAUAUUAUCGGAACUUUUUUCUUUUCUUUUCUUUUUUUGGAAUUAAGCUCUCCAUGUAAUUAAUUAAUUAAUACACACCUGUUGUACUAGUAGAAGGAUCUAACUUUUUUUUCGGUGACGGAGCCGAAAGACGAAGGUCAUUACUCAUUCAUUUACCCCGUCCAUGUCGUCGGCGCCGGAGAACAGAAUCUAGAGACGACAGAGGAGGCGGGGGAGCGGUGGUGGGUGGGAGUGGGGUCCACUUAUUCCAACACGUACUAUGAGAAUUAAGGGAAGAGGACAAAACACGAGUUUUGGUUGUCGUUUAAAGAGCGCAAAUGCAGGGGACGUUGACCUAUGAUGGAUUGCCACAUGUCGUUUUCUCUCCAAUUUUCUGUUUUCUCGUAACAUGUUCUCACCAAUAGCAAUACUAUACUGUACUAAGAGUCUGUGUCGUCUCUCUUAUCUUUAUCUUAAGGAAAUGGCAAUGGUUUUUUUUUUCCCCUUUAAUUUUUUAUUUGGAUUUUAACUUUUGUAGAGUUAUGGGUAGCCAAUGCCAAAUCAUUCCAGUGUUUUAAGUUUCCUCUGUUAUCUACUCUCUUCGUUUUUGA